AUGGUUACAGUUUCAAGAGAAAAGUUAAUUUCAACUUCUGUUGGUUUUAGGAUCCCUGGAUCUGUGCUUGCAGCUCACCCAUCGGUGCUAACAGCUCUUUCUAGCUUGAACUCUGAUAUACUUUCAGAGGCAUCUGUAAAUGUUGUUUCUGAAUUUAUACACUACACAGCAUCAAAAAGCUCUGGUGGUGUUUCUGUACAAGGGCCAUUAAUUCAAGUAAUUGUGCCUCAGGUUAUGAAUCUGCAGGCACAGCUUAGAGAUUCUUCAAAGGAUGAGGAAGAUGUUAAAGCUAUUGCUCGAUUAUUUGCAGACAUGGGUGAUUCAUAUGUUGAACUGAUUGCAACUGGAUCCGGUGAAGCAAUGAUGAUAGUGAAUGCUUUGCUGGAAGUUGCUUCACAUCCAGAAUAUGAUAUUGCUUCAAUGACCUUUAAUUUUUGGCACAGUCUUCAGGUUAUCUUGACAAAAAGGAAUUCCAAUAUUUCAUUUGGUGACGAAGCAUCCAUUGAAGCCGAGAGAAACCAGAGGCUUCAAGUUUUUCAUCAAUCAUAUGAGUCUCUUGUAUCCUUGGUUAGCUCCAGAGUUCUAUAUCCCCUAUCCUAUCAAGAUCUUUCAUAUGAGGAUCUCAAGGAAUUCAAACACACAAGAUAUGGCCGUAUCUUGCUGUGGAAAUGAACAGAGUGAAUGGCGUCCAGCUGAGGCUGCUUUAUUUUGCAUUCGAGCUAUAUCAAGUUAUGUGUCGGUUGUUGAAACAAACAUAAUGCCUCAGGUUAUGGAUCUGCUUCCGAAACUGCCUCAUCAGCCGCAGCUACUCCAAACGG